AUGUGCCUGGCAGGCUGUAUGACCCAUCACCUCUGGGGUGUGAUGUUGAGUAUGGAAGAUCGCUCCUGGCUUUUUACAUUUAAUGUAAAAUUUUAUCCAUCUUGUGCUUCUCAGAUGACUGAGAGUAUUUCCAGAUACCUCCUAUGCCUCCAGAUCCGGGCAGACAUUGUUUCUGGGCGCCUGCCCUGCCCCCCUGUGACUCGUGCCCUCCUGGAAUCGUACACCAUCCAAGCGGAACGUGGAAACUAUGUGGAUGAUGAGGUCCUCAACAAAAUCAAGCCACAUAAUGAUUAUUAUUUUGGGUCCAUUGAUACCAAGAAGAUGGAGGACUUGGUGUUGAAUUUCUACAAAGCACAUAUUGGCAUAGCUUCAGCAGAAGCUGAUUAUCAGUUCAUAGAGCACGCCAGGGGACUGCCCAUGUACGGGGUUCAUCUGCAUGAGGCCAAGAACAUCAAGCUGGGUGUGUCUGGCAAUGGCGUGUUCAUCUAUAAAGAAGAGCUGACGUUCUGUCGCUUUGACUGGGGUAACAUCGCAAAGGUCUCCUGUAAGGGCAGUGAGUUUUUACUGAGACUGAGGCUUGAAGAGAAGAACAAAUUUGAUGGCACCAUUACAUUUCAAAUGCCAAGUCCCCAGGCAGCCAAAAGGUUCUGGAAGCAGUGUGUGGAGCAACAUACCUUUUUCAGACUGGAGCAGGCACCUAAAGCAAGAUUUCUCGCCUGGUACAAAUUUAAGUACAGUGGCCGGACCCUGGCACAGGUCUGCCAGGCAAACGCCUUUACUCGCAGGGAAACACCAACGGUUAAGCGUACUCCUCCCAUGUAUAUCUAUGCGCCUUUCAUUGAAGAUGAAAUCGGUCCUUUGGACAAGUGCUAUGAAGGACGUUCCUGGAGAGAUAACAUCAAAUGGCCCUGGCGUCGUCAUCUUUGCCAUCGUAUCACACAGGGCCAGCAGAAAGACACCAAGAGGACUAAAGUCCUGCACUUUUUGAAAGAAACAGAGGCCAGGUCCGACAGACCAACACCGUUAUCUGUGGCUAUGGCCAUGAUAUUGGCUGCUAAUUCAGCAUUCAAGGACAAACACCUCCUCAUGGUGGAUGAGGACGGCAAAACACCCAUUUGA